AUGGAUUGCGAUCAGCGGCUCUUCUACUUGAUGAAUGAAACGGUGGUCCUCCGUGAUGCUGUCACCAAGCUGCACAGCGACAUCAUGGGCUUGGCGGGAAUCUUCAUUGAGCUGCUGCGGCAUGUGCAAGAAAGCACCUGGGUUUGGCUCCUCACCACCUCACAAGAGAGGGUGCUGCAGAAGGUCCAGACGUACUUCUUCCGUGUCAUGGCACUUUCCGUAGAUCAGCAUCCCUGCAUGAAGGCUCUGGUGCGAGAUGUGCUACUGGUAGGCAUUGAAGCUUGGAAGGAGUUGCAAGUAGACUUGCUGGCACUACAGUGGCACAGCUUUGCCUUCAGCUUCUACAGGGAUCCAGCCUUCCAGGGGAGUGCCGGCACCGUGGAAGAGAGCUUUGUGGCGGGAACUUAUUGGCUGACAAAGCUGCAAGAUUGGAUGCACAAUUACACCCGGCAGGUUUAUGAGGCAUUGCUGACGCUCGAAGGUGAGGUGAGCUCCAUGACGGCAGGUCCAAUUCGACUUCACCACCAGGAUGAGCAUGGCUCCUUUGUCACUUACGAGUUCAUGCGUCGAAAGGUCUUUAAGCAGUGGGCGAUCGACAAGGGCUUGCUGCGUGGGCUGCUGCGGCAUGAAGAGCCCUUGGCCAUUGGUGACUUCGGAGCUGGGGGUGGCCACUACAGCCAAUGGCUUAAUGAGACGGGCUUGCUGGAGGCCUUCGCCUUUGAUGGCACCCACCAAGCUGCGGAACUCACGGACGGCCUGGUUCAAGAGGUGCGGAUUCUUUGCCUGGAAGUGGGCGAGCACGUGCCCAAGCCCUUCGCGCCCACGCUGCUGGCCAACUUGAAGCGUCAUGCGACCAAGGGUUUGGUGAUGUCCUGGUCCGAUGACUGGGAAGGCAUCGGCCAUGUGAAUUGCCUCUCGCGCGAGGACUUCGUGGCCUUCGUCCAGGACUCUACCGGCUUUCGCCUCGAUGCCACAGCGACAGAGCUGGUGCGCCAGGCCUGCGAGAUCGACUACAUCGCUCGGACCUUGGCCGUCUUCCGCGCACCGGACGCGGGACCGUAG